AUGGACAUAGGGCCGGUGACCAUCUGCGGAGAAGCAACCAUCUUGCACGGCGGAUUCCUGCUGGCGUCCAGGCUGUGCCAUCCCAAGCCGUUGUCGGAGCUGACCAAGUCUGAUUGGUGCAAAGUUGGGAAGCCCAUCAUUGACGCCCUGCGAGAGAUCUGUGCCUCUUGCUCCACCUAUCCCCCCCAACCCAAUGCCUGGAAGAAAAAAGCAGGUGUCAUCCUCUGGUCCAAAAUCCUCCUCUCAGAUGCCUCCUCUCCUUCCACUAACCAGAGGUGGAAAGACGACGUCUUUUUUUCGGUGAGCAGCAUGAUUCCAGAGGUCAACCACACCGUCCUCUUUGAGCUGUUCAAGGCGGAGAACGCCCCCCAGCUUUUUGCGCAGCUCCUCUUGGUGCUGCCGGCGCAUGUUUGCCAGAGGGAAUUGGAGAUCUUCAUCAAAUACGUCACCGAUGAGACCACUCCAGAGGACGUGUCUUUCUUCUUGGAUGUCUGGUGGGAAAUUCUGAAGCACAAGGACGGCCAGGAAGACCGGCUCACUUUGCUGUUUGGAGCCUUCUCUCGCCAGCACCUCUCGGACUCAGACGAAACAUCUCAUGUUCCAAAGCGGUUCAAGAGUGAUACGCCAGAUUCUCCCGUGGCUGUCAGUCUCCUCCCUGCCUUGAUGGAGGGACUGAAGUUGAUCAAAGAGAGCAUUGGCUCUGCCAAGAUGAAGUGUUACGCCCUCUCCAACCUGGCGGACGUGCUGUCUGUUUUGAUUCCAGCCGAGAGUGAGCCGGCCUCGCUGCCGGUCAAGGUUUACUUGGACAAGAUUUCAUCCGUGGUCACCCUCUGGAGCAGAGACUGUGAGAACCGGUACAACAAGAGCGGGUUGGAUGUGAAGGUGCAGGAAGCAGAGAGGAGCGUGAGUUUGCUUAACAUGGCCAAGCAGCACAAUGAUCCGUUGAUCCACCACAUGGGCUUUCUCCGUUCCUUGCUGGAAGAAUGGUUGGUAGAACUCCAGGGCCACCUCAGCGACCCUCGGGAGAUCUGCUACGAGAGUUACAGGCUUCUCGACAGCCUGGCCUCCUUGCGGAAGAGUUUAACCAGUUGUGCCAAGCUAGAGGAUCUUGACAAGGAAGUUAAGCAGGGCAUGUUGGAGCUGGGCAAUCUCAUUGGGGACUUCUUGAAGAAGGUCAACCCCCGGGUGAGGGGUGAGAAUUCGGACAGCAUCCUCGUGGCGUCUGUAGCUAUCGUGAUCAUCGAGAAGAAGAUGGACCGGCACAUGGAGAUGUGUUCCAUUUUUGCUUCAGAAAAGGACUGGGCAUCUACUAAAGACUGGGUGGCUUGCCUCAUUAAGAACAAAGAACUGUUCCAGAAACCAGAGCUGGUCUUGAAAUUGCUGGAGACAGCGGCCUCUCUGGGCAGCGCUGCUGAUUCCGCCGAAAGCCGAGGGCAGCAAGCUAAAGUGGCCAAAAUCAUUCUGGACUGUUACACUGAGCUUUCGUUGCUGGAUAAGAACACAGUGAUUUCCGGUGUCUUGUCUCGGUGGGGCAGGCGGGGCCUUUCUGGGAUCUUGAAACCUUUUGAGGAAGGCUUCACAGAGGAGUUCAACGUCGCUUUCAACCAGAUAAUUCAGAGCGCCUCCGGAGAAGGCUUUAAUAAAGCCGUGGCUUCCAUGUCCCGCUUGGCCAUCCUCAACCCAGAGGCAACAGUCAAGAAAAUGUGCAACUUAGCCGUGGCCAACUUGGGAACGCACAACUUCCUGGCAGAGAUCCUGUGUUCUUUCCCGGCUCUGAACUUCAAGGAACUUCACGGUCAGGAUGAGGCCAUUGGCCUCAUGCUGGGAUGCUUGAAAGAGACUCUUGUGGACAAGCUGACCUCUGCCAAGGAGAAAGAACAGUUCUUGGAGUUCCUGGUGUAUCUCAUGCAGCCUAGCGGGACCAACCCUCUCCUUGCUCCGGCGGAGGUGACCCAAAAUCUUGUUGUUCCUUUUCUCAGAUCGAACUUCCCUCACCUUGAGCUGUGCCUGCAGAUCCUCGGCGUGGCUCUGAAGGUGUCUUUGCCUUCAGACCAGCACUGGGUUCACACCUGCCACCCCUUUCCACUCAUCUUUUGCCUGUGCAAACUCCUCCAUGGCUUCACCCGCUACUGGCACGAGCCGCAAGACCAACGCAGCGUUUCGCUAGAGGCCAAAGACCUGGUGGUAGGCAACCUGGCUCAGCUUUGCGAUGCCCUGUUGGCCCAGAAGGACGCUGUGCCUUCGGAGCUGUGGACCCAGUCGGUUGCGUGGCUGCACAAGAAGGCGGAAGCCUUGGACUGGACCAUCGGCCUCCGCCUGAAGACGGUUUACGGAGAACACUUCAAAAACGAAGUCCCGGCUACGUUGUUUGAGGUCUGCAAACUCCCGGACGAUGAGUGGACUUCCCGUCCCCUCCCAGCUUACGGGGCAGGGAGCGGGCUGCUGGCUUGGCUGGAGUGUUGUUGCAUUUCCACAGCCUUGAGGGAACAGAUGCUGGUUCUCCUCAUGGUCAACAUGGACAACCCCGAAGAAGUCAACCUGUUCAGCAAGGGCUUUUUGCUGGCCAUGGUCCAGGUUUUCCCGUGGUGCAGCCAGAGCGAGUGGCGGAGGCUCAUCCAGGUCAUCAAGAGCCUCUUGGAAAGAGAGGUCCUCUACGUGCCUUACUCUUUGGAGUAUGUCCAGCACCUGCCCUUGCUGAACUUCCAGCCUUUUGCCUAUCCCCUCCAGUUCUCCGUGCUCCUCUUGCGGGGCUUUCAGUUUUUGUGCAGCUCCAGCGGCGCCACGUGGCUACCUCUGGAAGCGUGGAAACACGUGGCGAGGCUCUACUGCCUCGGCCUCUCCGACUUGCUGGGCUCAGUCAAGAGCGUGGCCCGCAGCCAGUGGCAUCCCGUGGAGGAGAAGAACACGACGCGGGAGCUGUCCUUCGUCUACAUCCAGCUGUUUUGCCACACGCUCCACGUGGCGGCCAUGUUGCCGGAGGGGACCGACAAGCCGCUCCUGCUCCUCUCCUUGGAGAUCCUCUGUCAGUACGAGACGCUCGGCGAUGCGGACGAGUCCCUUGGCCGGGCCCUGAGGAAAGCCAACGAGAAGCACUUCCUGGAGUCCAUCGCGGAGAACGUCAGCAACAAAGAACUGCGCGCCAUGCUCCAGCAGAAGCUCAGCAAACUGUGAAGUGGACUUCGGCUGGAA